UUACACUGUACUAACCGUUGCCUGUUGUAUGUUCCGUGUUGUGUGUGUUUUCGUCACCACAUCCUGUUUUCUCAGCCACCCCCACCUGUCAGCGAGUCGACCCGACCUGGUUGGAACCAGUCUAAUGAUCAUGUGUCAAGUGAAGGUAGAAACCACAGGCUUGUGAUCACCUACUCAGACGUCGUAGAGGGAACUCGACAUUUUCACCAGGACAUGAAGAUCUCUGAGGGCAGCUUCUCUGCUGUCUACAGAGCGGUGAAGGGAAAUGAAACCUUCGCAGUCAAGCUCUUCAAGCAGGUGCAGAAAGCCUCAUGGAGGAAGUUGUGGGAUCUAUUCAGGAGAGAGAUGGAAGUUCAUCAUCUCUACCAGCAUCCUAACAUCUUAGAGCUGUUGGGUUGUUACUCUGAUGGGGAUCGUUACUGGCUGGUAUACCCUUAUCUUCCCAACGGAUCUCUGUUCCACAGACUGCAUGACCAGAACGCAGUGCCUCCUCUCUCAUGGCAGGAGCGUCUGGACAUCAUCAAGGGGACGGCUAAGGCUGUACAUCACCUACACAUGGCUCAGCCCUGCACUGUGGUCUGUGGUAACAUCACAAGGUACCGGCUCAAACCCCUAGUCUAUAACAUCACAAAGUACCGGCUCAAACCUCUAGUCUAUAACAUCACAGGUACCGGCUCAAACCCCUAGUCUAUAACAUCACAAAGUACCGGCUCAAACCUCUAGUCUAUAACAUCACAAGGUACCGGCUCAAACCUCUAGUCUAUAACAUCACAAGGUACCGGCUCAAACCCCUGGUCUAUAACAUCACAAAGUACCGGCUCAAACCCCUAGUCUAUAACAUCACAAGGUACCGGCUCAAACCCCUAGUCUAUAACAUCACAAGGUACCGGCUCAAACCUCUAGUCUAUAACAUCACAAGGUACCGGCUCAAACCCCUAGUCUAUAACAUCACAAGGUACCGGCUCAAACCCCUGGUCUAUAACAUCACAAGGUACCGGCUCAAACCCCUGGUCUAUAACAUCACAAGUAACCGGAAGGUUGCAAGAUCAAAUCCCUGAGCUAACAAGGUAAAGAAAUCUGUUGUUCUUCCCCUGAACAAGGCAGUUAACCCACUGUUCCUAGGCCGUCAUUGUAAAUAAGAAUUUGUUCUUAACUGACUCCCUGUCACACCUGAGUUCCAAAGCGUAUUCUCUCUGUGUAGUUCUAAAGAACCCUGUCACACCUGAGUUCCAAAGCGUAUUCUCUCUGUGUAGUUCUAAAGAACCCUGUCACACCUGAGUUCCAAAGCGUAUUCUCUCUGUGUAGUUCUAAAGAACCCUGUCACACCUGAGUUCCAAAGCGUAUUCUCUCUGUGUAGUUCUAAAGAACCCUGUCACACC